ACCAAACAAACCCAAAAAUGAGAUGGCUAUAAACCGCCUCAAAGCCCAAUAAAAAAAACCCAACCACAAUAUCACUUAACCUUUUCCCGAACAUUCUAUCAAAAAAUAGAAAUUCCUUAAAUCAAAUCCUUCUAAAUUCCCCAAAUCAAACACCUCUCAAGUCUCAAUCAAUCAUUCAAACCCUAAUUCUCUCUCAUCGCAAAAAUGGAGGUCACCGGAGAAAAUCUCACCCUUCUUCACAAAAUCCGGCCACCAAAUCUCGAAGAUGCUGGCUUAGAAGACUGCGCAUUACCUCCAGAUUCAAUCAAAGAAGCUUUUCUCAAAGCAGCCUCCGCCGUUGGCUCACGCGCCGCCUCUGUUUUCGCCGGCGACGAUGAGGAAAUCAACGGCGGAUGCGUGAGUGAUCCUUGGAUUGAAAAGCACGCGCCGUCGGAUGCGUUGGUGGGGGUUGAACCUGAGAAGUCGCCUCCGGGAGCUUGCGCCGCCGAGAAGGGUGGCGCGUUGGUCGGAGAUGGUGAUGCGGCGGCUGAUGUGGUGGUGGUCGGAGAGAAAAAUGGGGAGGAGGUGGAGGAUGAGGUGGUGAUUGUUGGUGGCAAAGACGGUGGCGAAGGCGGGGAUUGUAUGGAUGGGUUAAGGGGGUUGAAGAUUAAGCAGAAGAAAGAGGAGAAAGAAGAUGAUGAAGAACAAGAUGAGAAGAAACCUACUUUAGUUGAGGGUUUUUUCUUCAAUACUUAAAAAAUUUAAGUUUCAAAAAUUUUGUAUUACUUGGUUUUUUAUGUUGUAGUAUCUGUUAAUAUAAAAUGAUGUUGUAAAAUGUGAACUUAAUGAACUGUGUAUUUUAUUUUGAUGUUUUUAUAAUGCAGUUGAUGUUACAAAAAUAUUAAGAUUAGUGUUUAGAGGAGUACAUAAUCUGUUAUAAAUCAAUGUGAUGUAUGAAUGUAAAGUGAUUUAACAAAUAGACAAA